GCUGUCAAUUCAAAACCUCCAAGCCAGUCUUUACACUCGAACAGUACUCGCAAAUUCUCCUCCCAAAACCAUGUCGAACCACUCUAAUCCACACAUUUGUCAGUGCCUGGCUCGCUUGUCAACGCUACGACGAGAAUCUGUGGUGACCAUUGCCGGUAACCGGCGAAAGACCGGCCAGCAAUUCGUGGAAAGUGUGUUGAGUCUGGCUUGUGGAUUGCUCGGACUUGGACUACGUAUCGGUGAUGUCGUUGCCAUCUCUGCUUUCAAUAGUGAUUGGUACCUGGAGUGGUUACUUGCUGUUGCAUAUGUUGGUGGUAUAGUUGCUCCUUUAAAUUAUCGCUGGAGCUUUGAGGAGGUAAAACUAGCAAUGUUGAUAACAAGGCCAGUGAUGUUGGUAACUGAUGGAAGCUCUAGCCACUGGUAUUCAAAGCUCCAGGAUAAUGCCAUAAAUUCUUUAAGGUGGCAUAUUUCCUUGGACUGGCCUUCUUCAGGUUCUUCCUGUAAGUGGAAUGUAUUAAAUAUUGCAAAACUCAAGCAGCAUUCUGUCGAAAAUGUACCUCCAAAUUAUGCAUGGGCACCUGAGGACGCUGUUAUAAUAUGCUUCACUUCAGGAACCACUGGAAAGCCGAAAGGAGUUACCAUAAGCCAUUCAGCUUUGAUCACACAAUCCUUAGCAAAAAUUGCCAUUGUUGGUUACUGUGAGGAUGAUGUUUAUCUGCACACUGCUCCACUUUGUCAUAUUGGCAGUUUGUCAUCUGCCAUGACCAUCCUACUGCUUGGAGGUUGUCAUGUCUUAAUACCCAAAUUUGAGGCUAAAUCGGCCCUCGAAGGCAUAGAGCAGUACCAUGUGACUUCUUUAAUCACCGUCCCUGCAAUAAUGGACAGUUUACUUUCCUUGAUCAGGGUGAAGAAAAGCUGGAAAGGGAAAGAGAGUAUGAUGAAGAUAUUAAAUGGUGGUGGGGGUUUAUCAACCGAGCUUAUAAAAGAUGCCAUCAAGUUUUUCCCAAGAGCUAAGCUCCUUUCAGCAUAUGGAAUGACAGAGACUUGUUCCUCACUAACCUUUAUGACCCUGUAUGACCCGACGUUUGAUAACCCUGGCUCGUCUCUGCAUACACUUGGCCUAGCAAAAUCCAAUACAGUUCCACAGCCACAAGGUGUUUGUGUGGGCUUGCCUGCACCACAUGUUGAAAUGAAAAUAUGUGUGGAUGACUCUUCUCACAUCGGAAGAAUUUUAACUAGAGGUCCACAUACUAUGAUUGGAUAUUGGAACCUCAAUACAUCUGGUACAUCAAAGUCUAGUGAUGUCGUAUGGCUUGAUACCGGUGACAUUGGGUGUAUUGAUGAUUAUGGUUACCUAUGGCUUAUCGGACGAACAAAUAAUCGCAUUAAGAGUGGAGGUGAAAACGUUUACCCUGAAGAGGUGGAGGCAAUCCUAUUACGACAUCCAGGACUUACUGCCAUUGUUGUCUUGAGUAUUCCAGAUGCUCACCUGACAGAGAUGGUUGUUGCCUGUGUUCAAUUAAGAGAAAAUUGGAAAUGGUGUGACAGAAAUCUGAAGUCGUCAGCUGAAAACAAAGAGCUCAUGAUAUCCAGUGAUAUACUUCGACAGUAUUGUAGAGAUGAGAAAUUAACUAGGUUCAAAAUACCAAAGAUAUUUAUUCUUUGGAGGAAGCCAUUUCCACUAACCACAACUGGGAAAAUUAGAAGAGACCAAGUUCAGAGAGAAGUUAUGUCUCAGCUGCAAUCUUUCCCGAGCAAUCUAUAACAGUUGCAGAUUCAGCCAAUCAUUGAUUCAACAUAUCACAGCAUUUUGGGUGAGCACUCCAUCACUAUUGUCAAUUCUUGCAUGAACAUCAAUCUAUUGUGCACAUUUUUUCUUUUUUCUUUUUUUUUAAUGAGAAAUAGUGUACAUGAGUAUGCUGCCUAUCAAAAGAUUAUGUACCACGUAUUAAAUUUUCAUAAAGUAUGGCAGUAGAGGCAUUUUUGUGUGGC